AUGCCACCAGUCACUCCUCCAAAUCCGCUGCCGCCGGAUGAGAACGUCAACCCGGUUCUCCUUAGCAUCUCCGGCGUGCUCGUCUUCUUCGCCAUCUUCACCACAUCGAUCCGCCUAUACGUGAGGUUCGCGCUACGACAUUUAGGAUGGGACGAUUAUCUGAUGGCAAUUGUUGCCAGCCUGGGCAUCAUUCGAUACGGCGUCCAGUGCGCGCAGGGCGCGUCCGGCAACGGCAGGCAUAGAUGGUACAUUUCAACAGAGGCCUACGUCCACAACAACAUGCUUGGAUGGUUCGCACAGAUUCUCCUUUUCUCCAGCAUUUGUGUCCUGAAAUGCUCCAUCAUGCUGUUGCUGCUCCGCAUCAAGAAUUCCAGCAGGCUGAAAUACUUCCUGUGGGCCGUCAUGACUGGCCUGGUCGUGACGAACCUUGGCGUCAUCAUCAUCCUUCUGGCAGAGUGCGAUCCCGUCGAUGCGUACUGGACAGGAGUAGGCAAAUGUUGGGAUGCCAAAAUACGAAUUUAUUCCAUUUACUUGACCAUCUGUGAGUUGAUCACAUAA